CAUCCUGAUGUCUCCUUUGCUGCUACCCUGCCCUGUGCAGGUGGUGCCCGUUUCCCUUACUCUUUGUUUUAACAAGCAUUCAGCAAAAGAUACAGGAAUUUACCAUCUACAAAUCACGUGGCUUAGGCUGCUCUAAAUAAAAAGAAACUGCUUUAGCCAGUCCUAGCUAAAGUAGUCCUCUAGAACUCUUACCAUUUAAAUUUAGACUAAAUAAAAAUAAAGAAAGAAUAAAUAGAUACUCUCUCUGUUCUCUUGCUAGCUGACUUUUGGUGUAUACAAGACGACUGGAAAGAGACUUUUCACAAGAGCAUAUGGUGAUGGACAAGGGGUAAUUGACAAGGGGCAAUGGACAAGGGGCAAUGGACAAGGGGCAAUGGCUUUAAACUGGAAGUAGGUUUAGAUUAGAUAUUAAGAUGAGAUUAUUUACUGUGAGGAGGGUGAGACACUGGAACACCCAGAGAGACUGUGGCUGCUCCAUCCCUGCAAGUGUUCAAGGCCAGGUUGGAUGGGGCCUUGAGCAACCUGACCUAGUGGAAGGUGCCCGUGCCCAUGGCAGCGGGGAUCGGACUGGAUGAUCUUUAAGCUCCCUUCCAACCCAAAGCAUUCUGCGAUCCCAUUAUACGAUUCCAUUCAGGCCGGCGGUGACUGCCUGUCGGGGAAUGCCCGAGUCUUUGGGAAAGCUCUGACAUACAGGCACACAGGAGAGGCGGUGGCGGGUGGCGGCUCGGCGAUCCCCGCCGCGGGGGGAGGCGGACGGGCGCGGGGAGCGGCGUCAGCGCCCGCUGACGGUGACAGGGGCCGGGCCGCCCUACAAAGCGCUGUACAAUGGGGCGGCUGUCGGGCUCCAUCUUGGCGGCGGCGGCCGCUCCGGAGCCCGCGGCUGGCGGCGCUUCCCCUCCGCGGGAACAACAUGGCCCCGCCCCGGUUCCUCCAACAAAGCGCCAGCGCUUCACUUCACCGAGGAACCGGCCUCCCCCAUACCCGACACCGCCACCCCGCCCGUCCCCGCCUUCAGCCCCCCCACCCCGCCCCGGUGGCGGCUACCGCCCCCCGCCACGCUCCGCUCCCGCCGCCGCGCUUCCCCCUCGGCCCCGGCCGCCCGUCCGCGAGUCACAGACCUCCUCCUCUUCCUCCUCCUCCUGCGCCCGCUCCCCCCGCCGGCGCUGCUGGCGGCGGCCCCGGCGGCCCCUCUGCCGCGGCCUCCCUGCCCCCGGACACGGAGCCCGUGAGCCCCAGUGCGCUGGCGGGGGAGGAGCAUCCUGGGAACGCGCAGCCCGACAUGGGUCCGGCGGCCGCGCAGCCCCCGCCGCCGCCCGCAGCUCCGCCCGCCGCCCGCCGCUGA